AUGCACCUAAAGGAGUCAAGGUACCUAUUGGUACUAGGUUCGAAUCCCGUUACGGUGCUUGCUCAAACGGCCACUAAUAGUACUACUAACAGUACAGUUGUACCUAGUACUAAGGAUAUUGGUAGUACUAGGGAUAUUGGUACCACUGGACCAAGCACCUUAACGGAGGAAAAUUCUACUACCAAAAUUGCUGCUUCUGGAAAGGGAGCUAAUCUACCUAUUACUAGUGUAAGUACUAGUCCAAGCACCGUUACGGAGGAAAAUUCUACUAUCCAAAUUGCUGCACCUAAAGUACUUACUAGACCCAUAGGUACUAGGUUCGAAUCCCAGUCCUUCACUACUACUAGUAAUACUAGUAAUAUUACUGAGGUUAAUACUACUGUACUAGACACCCUUACGGAGACCGUUACCGAAGAAAAAUUCCACCCAUUUUGCUGCACCUAA